GGAAUGGGGAGACCUGGAACUGAGACCUCGACGUCAGGCGCAUGUUCCUUUCUUUUUUCCCUCCACACAACAAACUCCGGACGGUAUUCCGUAGGACCGCCGAGCAUCGCGAACCCCGUCCUGUCCCCGUCGCGUCCGCGUCCGCCUGAGCCACGGGUCAGAAUCACCAACUUGGAAGAACUAGACUCGCCUCGCGUUGGAUGGCGUCGACAUGGCUCGUUGUGCUGGGGCUCGCCUUCUGGGCGGCCAUAGCAGCUGCCUUGCCAGACGUCCCGUCGGUGGCCAACUUCAUGAGGAAGGCAACAGCCAAUGCCGUCGUCCUCGGCGAUUUCGUCUACGUUGACGGCGGCGAGAUGUCUCAGAAGGUGGAUGGAAAGGUUGCCACCUUCAAGGAUCGCGAUGGGAGUGUUAUCUUCUCGGUACAAGUCAACUCGACCGUGUCCAUCGACAUGUCCAAGUCCUGGACUAGCGAUAGCGUUGCUAUGCGAACUAUAAAAAAACAGGGCCCGCUCAAGACCAAUAUGCAGGCCUGGGCCGACAGGUCGGCAAACGUCUUUUACUCGUGGGGAGGCAAGUGGAUAAGGGGCUUCAACAUGACCGAGACGACGCUCUGGAAGUUCGCCGCCGACGGGAGCGGCGGCGGUACCUGGUCUGUUGCACCAGCCGCAAACCCAAGCCUCCUCAAUACACUCCACCCGGGAGAAUUCGCCGCCGUGGCUGCCACAAGCGACUCGGCCUUCGUCAUGGGUGGCGUCGCGUCGGGCUGGACCGAGCAGUUCCGCGCCAUCACGCAAACGCUGCCCGGAAUGGCCACGUACAACCUGUCGACGAGGGUGUGGCAAAACGGCACCACAAACUUUAGCCCCUUUGACAGAAUCGCCGGCGCCUCGGCCGAGUUUGUUCCCUCGUUCGGCCCCAACGGCCUCAUAUUCGCCUUUGGCGGCUUCGCCCCGCCUGCCGACGACCCGAACCCCGAUUUUGGAACGUCUCCAAACUUUGACUUGCAAAACUUGACCUUUUUCGACCCGCAGACCAAGAAGACAUACUCGCAGGUCACGACCGGUGACGUCCCGCCCUAUCCUCGGUCCGAGUUCUGCACCGCCGGCUUCUCAGAUCCCAGCGGCCGCCACGAAAUCUUCAUGUUUGGAGGGACCAACAGACGGGACAAGUUCGCGUACAACGACAGCUACGUGUUGAGUCUGCCCGGGUUCGUCUGGACCAAGCUUCCCGACUCUCCGGAUGGCGUACGGACCACGCAGGCAUGCGUCGUCGUCGGCAACCGGCAGGUCCUCAGCAUCGGUGGCGUCGACGGCUUCGGGAAGGGGUACAAUGACGUGGAUCCGGCGCCCCAGGGCCUACUCUUGUUCGACAUGGUGGACCAGAAGUGGAGCCACUCGUAUAACGCCAGCGCCCCCGCCUACGAGUCCCCCAAGGCGAUCCAGGACUUGUAUUCGGCUGGGUAGGUGUCAUCUUCGUAACCCAUGUACACCCAAGGCGCGUGGCUAACUCUAUUCCUCGCCCAGGGUACUCUC